AUGCAACUUCGUAUGUGCAGCGCAGUCUCGGGGCUGUCUAUCACCACUGGCCUAGUUGCUAUCUAUCACGCCCAGGAUCCAAAUUGCACGUCUCUCUUGCAAGUUGCCGAUCCAACUGAUUAUCGUGUUUUUGAGGAGAAGAAGACGGGGAAAGCUCAUGGCGUGUGUCCCGACUUGUUUUGGUUCCUACCUGGAGGCGUGGGAAUGUUCCCACUCCACAAACCUUCGGGUUCGGACCUCUUAUUUUUCUCUCCUCCCAUUGCGCCAGCCGCCGUAUGUUGGAUGCCUCUCCCCAUACCAACAUACCUCUCUCUGGCCGAUAAGUUCCUCAAACACGGCGCGGGGUUGGACAUGAUCUCGGAAGCUGCCAGAUUGUGCAUACUGGCUGUCAACUCAAUGAAAUGUUUAUUGACGGAUGGGACGAGGAAUUCAAGGUAUAGCAUCGCCUGUUUCACUGUCGUCGUUGUCGAGCACGCCGCCGUGCUCUCUUCUCCACCUUCGCCAUUCCGGCUGGCCUACCAAGAAGCUGCGCCUAGCGUCCACGGCGACGACGACGACGACUCCUCCAUUACGCCCCUUUCCGAAUGGCAUCGUGGAUGCGGACUAGACUUCUACCGGAAAUGGACCCUGAGAAACAAGGUAACGCCUUGCGGCGACCGUGUAUCGCAUCUUCUUGUCCUCGCAUCCAUGCGUCUUCUAGAGCCCUACUCUACAUGGGAUCGCCGCUGGAAAUACGCCACGCCACCCGGCGCUGCCCAGCUCGCCUUUAGCCCAAUUUCACCAGCAAUAUUGCGACUGAGGAGCUGGAAUAAGCCAAUGAAGCAGCGUUGUCUUGCGACGAUACCCAACGGUAACGAUGCCGAGUCGCCCCGACUCAGCGGCCAAGGCCUUAUCCCGGGAUUCCCAAGAGCGCUCCCUGGCGAAAAUGGAUUAAUACCGCUGCAGGUCGUGCAGCUCGGCCUGAACGGUGCCACGCUGCACCUCGGAAGCUUGGAAAAUCUUGGGGAGAACUAUCGCAGACCACUUUGGGGGCUGCUAGAUGACGAAAUGCUUUUGGCAGUCCACCAGCAUCUGACUGAAGAUAGCUCUGGGCGCAACACGGCGCACUUUCAUUCAUCGAAUCAAAAGAAUGGCGUCCUUGGAGAAGAGGCGGAUCAGCUGCACAGGCCACGCCAAACAUGUGAAGUCGAGAAGCCACAGAAGGACCAUCGGCGCAUGGGCGCCCUGACCAGAAACAUCGCUGCUUUAAACAUUCUCGAUGUUGAACGCUUAGUCACUUCAUUACGGCAUCCUAUCUUGAGAGCACUUUGCCUUGCUCCCGAGGCUCAGGAUAUCGUCGUGAGCAAGCGUUUGACGAAUGCUAUGAACAUCAAAGACGCCAUCCAAUCAGAAGCUCUUGGUCCAAGACUGGACGUCGCGGCUCUCUGCCCUCUCGGCUCCCAAAGCUGGUCCAAGCUCAUUGAGCAGCCGCGUCUGCUAUGGUUCGAGGUCUCAUUAAGGCUGACCAUGGCUGAACCCUCCGCAACACAGCCCAAGGGCGACGACAAGAAGCGAAAAUCAUCAACGGCAGCAGCCGGCUCGUCCGCCGCAGUCGUCUCAAAGAAGAGCAAAGCAACGGAGACAACGACGAAGACAACGACGAAGACAACGACGAAGACAACGACGACAAACACAAGCGCAAGCGCGAGCUCGAGCGCAAACGUCAAUGGCCCGACGACCCCUCUAUCCCCCUCGCACGAAGCCCUCCUCGCGGACCUCAGAUCCAAAUACGACGUCCUCCCCGCCUUCACCAUCUCCUCCACCAAGAUCCAGAAGCGCGUGACCUGGCUGCUGCAGCACCUGCGCAAAGACGACGGCGAUCCGAGGAGGCGCGUCGUGCUCGUCUACGCGCGGCCGGGCGAGGUCGCCAAGAUGAUUACGAUUGUGGAGACUGUGAAGCGCAUCGUUGCGGCGGAGAAGAAGAGCGUGGACGGAAAGGAGGGGGAAGAGAGCGGCGGCAAGUGGUAUCAGUACAACCUCAUGUACGAGCUGCCGCCGAAACCUGAUGUCGUGGAAGAUACGGUGCUAGGCGGCGGCGGCGGAACGCAGGAUGGCUCGGAUGAUGAAGACAGAGACGAAGACGAUUUCGAGGUUAUGAAGACCCGGUUCGAGAGAGCUGUGUUGCCGCAGCCGGUGAAGCGUGCGGCCAAGUCGCUGAGCAUAUUCCUUUCGUUGGCGCCCGUGCCGGAACUCAAGGCCCGAGGGGAUGUUACGACGCAGACGAACACGGCGCAGUCGUUUGAGGGUAGAGGUUGGAUUCGAGCCCGUGAGCUGCGAUCCCGGAGAAUGGAGACGGGAGGAGAAACAAAAGACAAAGAGAUCUCCGAGGAAUGGAGCCGCGACAUGUCGCUUGCAGCAAGGGGAAGAAGAGACGUGGAACCAAUAAGGCAACUUCCCUCAUACUCAAACAUUUAUGCGUUCCAGCACAAGAGCGCAGUGUAG